AUGUCCAACACCGCAGCAUCCAAGAAGCGAAAACGCGAGUCCAAGCAAAAACCCACAGAAAUGCCAGAAGUACCCGACAAACACAGCCUCUUCACACAGUGGAGUCGCGAUCGUGGCGUCGAGAUCAACAACGUCAAGGCAGCUGCUCUUCCCGGCCGUGGUAUCGGUCUCGUCACAACCAGCAAGAUCGAAAGUGGCGACCGCAUGAUGUUCGUCCCAGAGAAAGCCAUGUUCAAACCCGACGCCAACGUCUUCGGCAAGAACACAUCCAAAGAAUGGCAUCGGAAAGCUUCGCCUCAAGCGCAGCUGGCCGUCAGUAUCGCGCAGGAAUGCAGCAAGGAGGAUUCGCCCAUUCUCACAUGGAAAGCGACGUGGCCUACGUUCGGCGAUAUCAAAGCGAGCAUGCCGCUCUUUUGGUCUGAGGAGUUGAGGUGUCAUCUCCCACACAGUGUGCAGCAGCCUCUUGAGCGGCAGAUUGCAGACUUCGAGAAGGAUAAGGCAGUGUUGAAGGAGUUCGACGAUCUUACUGAUGGUUGGGCUGGCGAACCUUUCGAGUACUACUGGGCGAUUGUCAAUUCCAGGAGCUUUCAUUUCAAACCUGCUGGGGCUAGGCCCGGAUUCAUGGUGCUGUGUCCUUUCAUCGAUUAUAUGAAUCACGGACCUGAUAAGACUGGUGUGGUUGUGAGGCAGACGCAGAGAGGGUAUGAAGUUCACGCUGAUAGGGAUUAUGGAGUUGGCGAAGAAAUCCUCGCUACAUACGGCGCCCAUCCAAACGACAAGCUCCUCGUCCACUACGGCUUCGUGAACAGUUCCGAACCCGGCCAGCCAACUGACGACGACAUACGCCUCGACCACAUCGUCUUGCCCGACAUGCCCGAGACCACUCGCGAAGCAUUGCAGGACGUCGGCUUCCUUGGUGGGUACGCCCUGCUCCCAGGCACGAACGAGCUAUGCUUCAAGACCGAAGUUGCGGUUCGUGCGAUACUGCUGACUGCCAAUGAAUGGGAGUACUUCAUCGCAAAUGGCGAGGAUCUCAGCGGUGACCAGAGUGGGAAAGCUCGGGAAUGGUUGAUUCCGCGGAUGCAGGUGUAUCGCAAGACCGCGGUCUCUAGGCUGGAGGAGCUUGAUGAGCUUGAGGUCAGGAGUGGUGAGCAGGAAGCACUUCGGCUGCUGAAAGUCCGAUGGAGGCAGAUUCGGGAUGCCGUUGAUGCAUUCCUCGCAGCAGAAUGA